AUGGCAACACCUUUCAAGCUCCUGAUAAAUGAUUAUCAACGGUAUGUGAGAGCAUUCCAGCUCUACCUGGAGCGCUCAUCUGAACACCAGUGCAUGCAGGACUUCAUCCGUGGGAUUCUCCCAGAUAUACUGGCCAGCAUUGGAGAUGGAAAAGUCAAUCUCAAUGUGAUGGGAAUAGGAAGUGGAGCAGGUGAGAUGGACCUUGAAAUGCUUGCUCAACUGCAUAUGAAGCACCCUGGAAUCAGAGUGGACAAUGAGGUGGUGGAACCCAGCAGUGAGAUGCUCCAUAAAUACAAAGCAUUAGUGUCAGAGACUUCAAAUCUCAACUAUGUAAACUUCACAUGGCAUAAAAUGACAGCAUCUGAAUUUGAGGAACACUGGAAAGAAAAAAACAUCAUGGAAAAAAUGGACUUCAUCCACAUGAUUGAGAUGUUGUACUAUGUCAAAGAUCCUGAAGCUACUGUAUCAUUCUACCGGAGCUUACUGAACAAAAAUGGGAAGCUUGUCAUCAUCCUAGUGUCGGAGGAAAGUGGGUGGGCCAGGCUUGGAAGAGCAUACAGAAGCAAGCUCUGCAAAGCAGAAAUCAGUCAGUGUGUUACCACAGGAGAUAUCAAGAGCUUUCUGGAUGCUAAAGGAAUCCCCUACAAAUACUAUGAACUCAACUCACAAAUGGACAUCACAGAAUGCUUCACUGAGGGGUGUGAAGAGGGAGAACUGCUUCUUGAUUUUCUCACUGAAGUCAUUCACUUCAGUAAAACUGCUCCUCCUGACCUGAAAGCUGGUGUGUUGGAUCUACUACGACAUCCAGAUUGCAGUAAAGAAGUGGACGGAAGAAUCAGUUUUAACAGCAAUCUUGGAGUAUUGGUUCUUGACCCAUAG